CACUGUAACUGAUAAUCAAGUCACAGUAUUUGCUAGAUGCCUACCCUGUUACGGUAGCGGUACCUGCUUGCCGAAGUGUUGUCAGCUUGGUGUCCUAGAGUGAGGGUAUAACUAACGCUGCCCUAAAGUUAGAAAAAGGGGAAUAACGUAAACGAAAUACCCCAGUGACAUUGUGCGAAUUGUCUCAUAUUGUAAUAACUUACUGAAAGCGCUGAUACAAUGAAGUUCACGCCGCCCCCUGCAUCGCUACGCAAUCCUUUAAUCAUUCCGGAAAAGAUAAUGAUGGGCCCUGGACCGUCCAACUGCUCAAAGCGGGUGCUGACUGCCAUGACUAACACCGUGCUGAGCAACUUCCACGCUGAAUUGUUCCGAACGAUGGACGAGGUCAAGGAUGGCUUGCGGUACAUUUUUCAGACAGAAAACCGGGCAACUAUGUGCGUAAGCGGUUCCGCACACGCGGGAAUGGAAGCUAUGCUGAGCAAUCUGCUUGAAGAGGGCGAUCGAGUGCUGAUCGCGGUUAACGGAAUUUGGGCAGAACGUGCCGUCGAAAUGUCUGAGCGUUACGGUGCCGAUGUUCGAACGAUUGAGGGCCCUCCGGACCGUCCGUUCAGUUUGGAUACAUUGGCCAGAGCCAUCGAACUGCAUCAACCCAAGUGUCUGUUCCUGACGCACGGUGACUCAUCAAGUGGUCUGCUGCAGCCGCUGGAAGGUGUAGGCAAGAUUUGUCACCAGCACGACUGUUUGCUCAUCGUUGAUGCCGUGGCUUCGCUGUGCGGUGUGCCGUUUUAUAUGGAUAAAUGGGAGAUAGAUGCCGUCUAUACUGGAGCGCAAAAGGUGCUAGGUGCGCCUCCUGGUAUCACUCCCAUUUCUAUAAGCCCGAAAGCAUUGGAUGUGAUUCGAAAUCGUCGUACAAAAUCGAAAGUAUUUUACUGGGAUUUACUGCUGCUCGGCAAUUAUUGGGGCUGUUAUGAUGAACCAAAACGCUAUCACCAUACUGUCGCAUCGAACUUAAUAUUUGCUCUGCGGGAAGCAUUGGCUCAAAUUGCGGAAGAAGGACUGGAAAAUCAGAUCAAACGCCGCAUCGAAUGUGCUCAAAUCUUGUACGAAGGGCUUGGUAAGAUGGGACUCGAUAUUUUCGUUAAAGACCCCAGACAUCGCCUGCCCACCGUAACUGGUAUUAUGAUUCCGAAAGGUGUUGACUGGUGGAAAGUUUCACAAUACGCCAUGAACAAUUUUUCGUUAGAAGUACAAGGAGGACUUGGACCUACGUUUGGAAAAGCAUGGCGUGUGGGUAUUAUGGGCGAAUGUUCAACAGUACAAAAAAUACAAUUCUAUCUAUAUGGCUUUAAGGAAUCACUCAAAGCCACACAUCCCGACUAUAUUUUUGAGGAAAGUAAUGGAUUUCACUAGCUGAAACUUGAACAAUGCAUCAAUGUAUUAUUGCCGCUUUGAGCCCUGCCAGACUUAGCAUAUGCAUGCUAAAAGUAGGGCUUACAAGAACAUACAUAGAUUCUACUAAUUGCGCUAGAAUUGCAAAACGGAUCAUCUCAAUUUGCUUGUCGAAGCUAUCAUGAACGGUAACAUGCCCAAUAACCAGACAGUUUUGUAAGUAAGAUUACUUUUUGAAGAAUAAAUUAUUUUGUUACAGAAAUGAA